AAGCACCGGUCGAGGAAGCGAUCUAGGCGUCACUGAGGGCUGAGGCGAUAAACAAACAAAAGAUAGAAGUCAUGGAGCAGCAGGGGAAGGCAAGCGAGGUCGACGGCGCCGUUGCCGGCCGCGGUGCGCCGAGCGAGCUCUCCGGUGUAGACACGGCGGAGGAUCAACGAGGAGGAGGAGGAGGAGGGAACGAUGGCGGCGCCAUACAAAAGCUCAUGGAUGACGAGAAGAAGAAGACGACGACGACGGAGGAGAAGGAUGUGAAGCCGCUGCCGCACAAGCAGGUUCCGCAGCCCAGCGACGUGUACAACCCGGAGCUCGAGCGCCUCUGAGAGGCUGAAGCAGCUCAGCUAGCUCCUUGCCUCUUUCAGAGUUCAGACCACCAAGCCAUACUAUAUGUCUUUUUUUUCAAUUCGCCACGGUAUAUGUUGCUUGCUUGCAUGCAUCUCUCCUUUCUGUUAAACUAGGCGCGCAUAAAACUAGUACCCCUCCAUCCAUAAAAGGAUGUUUUAGAUCUAUCUAAAUUUAAAUAGUGUAUUGGUACAUUUAAAUUAAGAUAAAUCUUAUUUUAUUUUAUA